AUGGCCUGCGACGCAGCGACUGGUGACCUCCGCGCCUUCGAGAUCCUGGUGCGGCGCCACGAGAAGCAGGUGCUCGCCAACUGCCGCUUCCUGACCCGAUCGCCGAACAAUGCCGAGGAUCUUUCACAGGAGAUCUUCGUCAAGGUGUUCUUUCACCUGACCGGUUUCGAGGGACGGGCCAAAUUUCGCACCUGGCUGCAACGCAUCAAGGUCAACCACUGCCUCAACCACCUGGCCAAACAGCGCCGCCAGACCACGAUAAGCCUCGACGAAGAGUUCCAGCCCAACACACCCGAGCUCUAUACCCGCGCCACCGCCGAUCGCGAUCUCGAAGCCGGCCGCGCGCGGCAACGGAUUCAGCGGGUGCUGGAUCAGCUGUCCGACAAUCUACGCCUGCCGCUGGUCAUGCGCGAUGUCGAUGGCAUGGCCUACCAAGAGAUCGCCGAGAUUCUCGGCAUUGGCCUGUCGGCGGUGAAAAUGCGCAUCAAGCGGGCGCGCGAGGAGUUUCGCCAACGCUAUGGUGCCGGACCGCUGAGGACCGCGGAAUGA